CCCUGCCGCGGGGGGGGCCGCCACGCGGGGGGCGGCGGCGGGGGGGCUCGUGGCCCUGCACCACUUCUUCGGGGCGCAGGCGCUGUGGGUCGCGCUGCUGAGCGCCCUGUGCGCCCUCACGCUGGCGCUGAGCCGGGCCCGCGCCCAGCGCGGCCUCUGCGUCGCCCUCGCCGCCCUCAGCUACCUGCUCAUGGGGGAGCUGCACAUGGUCGACACGGUGACCUGGCACAAGAUGAGAGGCGCGCAGAUGGUGGUGGCCAUGAAGGCGGUGUCGCUGGGCUUCGACCUGGACCGCGGCGCGGCCGGCGCCGAGCCCUCGGCCGCCCAGGUGCUCGGCUACCUGUGCGCGCCCGGCGCCGUCGUCUUCGGGCCCUGGGAGCCCUUCGGCGCCUACCUGCGCGCCGCCGCCGGGCCGCCGCUGAGCGCGGCGUGGGGCCGCAAGGCGCUGCGCAGCCUGGCGCUGGCCCUGCUCUGCCUGCUCGUCUCGUCCUGCAUCGCCCCGUUCCUCUUCUCCGGGCUCCUGCCGCUGCGCCCCACGGCGGCCCCACGGCGGUGGCUCCGGGCCUACGAGAGCGCCCUCUCCUUCCACUUCAGCAACUACUUUGUCGCCUUCCUGUCGGAGGCCACGGCCACGCUGGCCGGCUCCGGCGCCUCCCUCGACAAGGACCAGCUGCGCUGGGACCUGACGGUGUCGCGGCCGCUGCGCGUGGAGCUGCCGCGCUCCAUGGCCGACGUCGUCACCAACUGGAACCUGCCCAUGUCCCGCUGGCUGCUGCACACCUACGUGUUCCAGACCACCCGGCGCCUGGGGACCUUCGCGGCCGUGCUGGGCACCUACGCGGCCAGCGCCCUGCUGCAUGGCCUCAGCUUCCACCUCGCCGCCAUCCUCCUCUCCCUCGGCUUCAUCACCUACGCUGAGCACGAGCUCCGGAAGCGCCUGGCCGCCAUCUUCGACGCCUGCGUCCUCUCCAAGCGCUGCCCCCCCGGCUGCUCCCACCGCCACAAGGACGCGCUGUGGGUGCGGGGGCUGAACGGGGCGCUGGGGGCGCUGGCGCUGCUGCACCUCGCCUACCUGGGCGCCCUCUUCGACGCCGAGGCCGACGACGCCGUGGAGGAGCAGGGCUACGGCGUCGCCUACACCCUGCGCAAGUGGUCGGAGCUGGGCUGGGCCGGCCACUGGGCCACGCUGGGCUGCUGGGGGCUCGCCCGCCUCCUCCGCUGACCGCCGGGAGCGCCGGGGCGGCCCUUCUGGGCGCCGGAGGACUGCCCACAUCUAUGGUCAUCCCCUCCCCCCCCCCGCCCGCCUCCUCCGCUGACCGCCGGGAGCGCCAGGGCGGCCCUUCUGGGCGGUGGAGGACUGCCCACAUCUAUGGUCAUCCCCCCCCCCCCCCCGCCCGCCUCCUCCGCUGACCGCCGGGAGCGCUGGGGCGGCCCUUCUGGGCAGUGGAGGACUGCCCACAUCUAUGGUCAUCCCCUCCCCCCCCCCACCCGCCUCCUCCGCUGACCGCCGGGAGCGCCGGGGGCGGCCCUUCUGGGCGCCGGAGGACUGCCCACAUCUAUGGUCAUCCCCUCCCCCCCCCGCCCGCCUCCUCCGCUGACCGCCGGGAGCGCCGGGGCGGCCCUUCUGGGCGCCGGAGGACUGCCCACAUCUAUGGUCAUCCCCUCCCCCCCCCACCCGCCUCCUCCGCUGACCGCCGGGAGCGCCGGGGCGGCCCUUCUGGGCAGUGGAGGACUGCCACCUCUAUGGUCACCUCCCUCCCCCCCCACCCGCCUCCUCUGCUGACUGCCUGGAGCACUGGGGUGGCCCUUCUGGGCGGUGGAGGACUGCCACCUCUAUGGUCACCUCCCCCCCCACCCACCCAGCCCCAGCCGGGCGCGGCUCCUCCCGUCCCCACCAUAGAGUUCCCGCUGUGCUGACAAGAGCGCCGCAGCAGGGGGCCUCUCUAGGCCGGCGGGUGUGGGCGGGGCAAGAAGCGGCGUCACGCGGCCCCUCUAGGCCCCUGGAGGACCCGGACGUCGGCGCGCCGGUUUUGUACGGCUCGCAGCUCAUUAAAGGCUCUGAUUGGCUCCGCGCUCGCUGGCUCCGCCCCGUGGGCUCCGCCCCGGCCAAUGGGGACGCGGCGCGGCGGCAACAGCACUCGGA